AGUUCCCCAGGUCUUCGGCUCUAUUAUUCCACGAACACAUUAUGCACCAGCAACAUGAGAUGAACGACAGCAAGAGCCAUGCAAAAAUGCACAAGUAGCCAGAUCAUGUCAUCAUCACGCUGAGAUUGCAAGCGUAACGCAAUUCUCCCUUUUCUUCUGCAAGCACCAACUCCAGCAAUUGUUUACUUCCAGAAAGCGAAUAACGGCAGCGAAUUCCUCUUCCAUCUAGCGUCAAACAAAGCGCAAAUUUCUGCCCGCCAGAUUGGGCAAGCAAUUGUUCCAGGGAUGUUCGUCCGGGGAUGGACGCUUCUUCUGCCAACCCACGCAAACCCCAUCUCCGACCAAACAAUACGCAUGUGGGCAGACUGCGGCAGUUUUCUGCUGCUGCUGACUCUCUUCACUGGAGCCACUAUCAACCCAUGGCAUCGGUAACUGGCCACGAGGUGACUCCGCCAAGCAUCACGGCAGUGGACUGUCAUCUCCACUCAGCCCACGCAGAAUUUGAACAACAUCGCGAGGUCAGACCGUCUGGUCCUCGGGCACGUUUUGUUCGAAGAACCGACCACUUCAUGUCGUCCCAUUGCUCAACUGAGUCGUGUGCCUGCUCAAUACGAUGUAAAGCCCUAGUCAACGUUCCAUCGAGUCCGUGUACGGCUGCUCUCCGAGAUGGUGGACUUAGAUCUUCCGGUCGAGGCUCUCCGGAGCCCGAGGGAGGGCGCGAGCUGCUUUUCCGUUGGGUCGCUGGUGUUGCCGUCCCCAUCGUGGCUCAUAACCGCGUAUUACGUUCUUCAACAACCUCGACCGCAUCCCUAGUAAACCCAGGGAACCCCUCGUUCACGCGGUCCUGGGAAUCUCUCGAUUGCCGGGAUUUCUAUCCCACGGAGAUGUCGAUGGAUCCUACCUCGAGGCCAAGUCUCCAUCAAUGAGGCGGCCCUACGGUGGUGGAGUUUGUUUUCCACGAACGGGAGGACGGUCUGCCUUCUAGCCCAAUUUAACAAGGGGGUCACUGGUGGUUGCGAAUAGACUGCGACGGCCUGGAUGGUAGCUGUUUACUACGACCGUACAGCGUUACACUCAUCAGGACCUAG